AUGUCUGAGUUUAAUCUACAAUCAACCAUCCAAUCAACUAUCUCAUUCUUAAAAAAUCAAUUUAUAACAUGGUAUGGAUUAAUUUUCAUUUCAAUAUCAUUAUAUUUUAUAAUUUUAUACAUUAAAAGAGUUAUAUUUAGAAAAAAACAUGGAUGUGAAGAACCACCAAUAUAUCCAGAUGGUGGGUUUUUAGGUAUAAAAUUAGGUUAUGAUUUACAAUAUUAUAAAAAAACCGGAGAAUUAAUUGAUUUUCCAUUAAAAUUAUAUAAAAAAUAUGGUAAUAUUCCAACUUUUAGUGCUUAUUUAUUUGGAGUUAGAGUUGUUGUUACAAUUGAACCAGAAAAUUUAAAAGCUUUAUUAGCAACACAAUUUAAUGAUUUUAGUUUAGGUACAAGACAUGCACAUUUUGCUCCUUUAUUAGGUGAUGGAAUCUUUACAUUAGAUGGUAAUGGAUGGAAAGAUUCAAGAGCAAUGUUAAGACCUCAAUUUGCAAGAGAACAAAUAGCUCAUGUUCAAAUUAUUGAACCUCAUUUACAAAUUUUAAAAAAACAUAUUUUAAAAAAUAAAGGUAAGGUUUUUGAUAUUCAAGAAUUAUUUUUUAGAUUAACUGUUGAUACAAGUACUGAAUUUUUAUUUGGAGAAAGUGUUCAUUCAUUAUAUGAUGAUUCUAUUGGAUUAAAAUGUGAUGAUCAAGUUGCUGGUUUUGCUGAAGCUUUUAAUGAAGCUCAAAAAUCAUUAGCUGUUAGAACUUAUUUACAAGUGCUUUAUUUUUUAUAUAAUCCUCCAUCAUUUUGGAAAAAUACUAAAAUUGUUCAUAAUUUUGCAAAAACUUUUGUUAAUAAAGCUUUGAGUUUAACACCUGAACAAUUAGAAAAACAAGAAGGUUAUACAUUUUUAUAUGAAUUAGUUAAACAUACAAGAAACCCCAUUGUUUUACAAGAUCAAUUAUUAAAUAUUUUAGUUGCUGGUAGAGAUACAACUGCAGGAUUAUUAAGUUUUUGCUUUUUUGAAUUAUCAAGACAUCCUGAAAUUUGGUCAAAAUUAAAAGAAGAAAUUUAUUCAAAUUUUGGAUAUGGAGAUAAUAUAAAUUUAGAAUCAAUUACUUUUGAAACUUUAAAAAAAUGUAAUUAUUUAAAAUGGGUGCUUAAUGAAACUUUAAGAUUAUAUCCUUCAGUUCCCAUAAAUUUUAGAGUUGCAACUAAAGAUACUACAUUACCAGUUGGUGGUGGUAAAAAUGGUCAAUCACCAGUAUUUGUUGGAAAAGGAACAACAGUAGCAUAUUCUCCUUAUGUUUUACAAAGAAUGGAAAAUUAUUAUGGAAAAGAUGCAGAAGAAUUUAAACCAGAAAGAUGGGAAAAUUUAGGUAAAUUAGGUUGGGCUUAUUUACCUUUUAAUGGUGGUCCCAGAAUUUGUUUAGGUCAACAAUUUGCUUUAACUGAAGCAAGUUAUGUUAUUGUUAGAUUAACUCAAAUGUUUCCAAAUUUAAUAAGUGGUGAUUCUUCACCAGAUCCUUGUAGAAAAUUAAUUCAUUUAACUAUGAGUCAUAUGGAUGGUGUAUUUAUUAAAAUGGAUGAAAAAGAAUAA